AAGCAAAUCAUUCAAUCCCUUGUAAAAUGGGACAAAUCAUGAUCAUCCAAUCACUCGUUCACGCCGUUGGGGAUAGGGAUGCCCCCACGGCCCGCCCACGAGUGUGCAGGGUCCGGACGCAACUUCUUGCCUUCACUUUCUUCCUACUCUUCACUUCUUCAGUUCGCGUGUUCUCUUCAGUCUUCACGCCUUCGCCCCGGGACCUCGCUGCUUCUAGAAGCUUCUAGAAACACCCUCUCCGCCCCAUCAGCCUAGCCAGGCCUACGUGCUGGUGUAGGCCGACACGACCCGCUGACCCGUGCCGCAUCCUUAGCCCCGGUUGUGCGAAGGAUGCUGGCGUCCAGGGUCUGUUCUAGGUCCGCGUCGCAGUCCUCGACCGCCUCCCCGCGUGCCUUGACUUCCGCAGCGGCCUCGGCGGCUAGGUCCCUUCUGCUGCGGUCCGGCAUGCAGGCUACCCCUGGUCUCUCAGAGCGGCCUUGCCCCGGGAUAGGCGAGGCCGGUGUUCGCAAGGCCGAUGCGCCGCCGCCGUGUUCUUCUUCAGGCGAUUCGCGGCUAAAAUUAUAUGCUUAUGAUAGAGAAGAACAUGCUUGCAGAAGGCAGACAAAUCAAAGGCAUCCGGUGUCUAAUCGAGCCAAGUCUGUCGGAGGGAACCGCCAUGUUCUUUAUGCAAGUUAUCUUUCACAGAACCAACAAAACUACAGAUGUUUUUCGGCUUCUUCCGACCAAGAGAGGAUAGAAGCUGCAAACAGGAUAAUACAUGAUCUGCCAAGGUGUGUGAAAAUUGUAGAAGUUGGGCCUCGAGAUGGACUGCAGAACGAAAAAAAUACAGUGCCAACACCUGUAAAGAUUGAGCUCAUAAAGAGAUUGGCAACCUCUGGAUUAUCAGUUGUUGAGGCAACAAGUUUUGUCUCCCCAAAAUGGGUGCCACAGCUAGCUGAUGCGAAGGAUGUUAUGGAAGUGGUUCGGAAUAUUACAGGUGUAAAUUUUCCUGUAUUGACUCCAAACCUCAAGGGAUUUGAAGCAGCAGCCGCAGCAGGUGCCAAAGAAGUUGCAAUAUUUGCGUCAGCUUCUGAAGCAUUUUCAAAGUCAAACAUAAACUGUUCAAUUAAACAGAGCCUUGUUCGCUAUAAUGAUGUUGCUCUUGCAGCAAAAAAGCAAGAAAUUCCUGUACGAGGGUAUGUUUCUUGUGUGGUUGGAUGCCCAGUAGAAGGAUCAGUACCACCUUCAAAUGUAGCUUAUGUUGCCAAAGAGCUUUAUGACAUGGGCUGCUAUGAGGUUUCGCUUGGUGAUACGAUUGGAGUUGGUACCCCAGGCACAGUUAUACCAAUGCUUGAGGCAGUUAUGUCCGUCGUUCCCGUGGAAAAGCUUGCUGUCCAUUUCCACGACACCUACGGGCAGUCUCUUUCAAACAUACUCGUCUCUCUCCAGAUGGGCGUCAGUGUCGUGGACUCCUCCGUCGCGGGCCUCGGUGGCUGCCCGUAUGCGAAGGGCGCGUCGGGUAAUGUUGCUACCGAGGACGUAGUGUACAUGCUAAACGGGUUGGGGAUCAAGACGGGUGUAGAUCUGGGCAAGGUAAUGGCAGCCGGCGAGUUCAUCUGCAAGCACCUGGGGCGCCAGUCUGGGUCCAAGGCAGCUACCGCCUUGAGCAAGGUCACAGCGAGCGCCUCAAAGCUAUGAGGCUGCUCUUAGUGCUGUUACUCCGUAACAUCAUAAUGGCAUGUCCGUUUAUCGUAUGCAGUGACCCCCUGUUGAAGAAGAUACAUGUACAAUACCGAAACCCAAAAAAGUACUCCCUCCGUUUAAGACGAUUUCGCAGUUCAAUCUGUACUGCCAAAACGUCUUAUAUUUAUGAACAGAGGUGGUACAUAAAAUGAAUAAAUGGCACAUACUGUAUGAUGUUCUGCCUAAUGAAAUGGCAUUCUGAGCCGCUCUCGUUUCUCCCGGAUAA